AUGUGGACUAAACAACGUUGUUUUCUUCCUUACACAGACUUCAGUCCGGACGAUUGGGGUCCAGAGUACCCUCUGAGCACCUCUUCCAGAUACACUAUACCUAUGCCGACGCUAUACAGCACGGAAGGCUACAAAUACAAGAAGCCUAGCAUAAUCGAACUAGUGCUUUACAACAUGGCGGCGCUGCUAGGGGGCGUGGCCGCCGGAUAUGACGUCAGAGUGUCCAACGUUAGCCCACUGCAUCCCACCUUGCAACCGCACAGGCCUGAGCCAGAAACGGACGUGCUGAGUCCCUCCGUUUACGAGGGUUUCGGCUUCGCCCACAAUACUUACCACGGCCCCACUAGACAUGUGCGGGCGCCGCUCAACGCUCUCACUGACCCGAUAUCCAGCCUUCAAGCGGAAGAACAAAAACCGCUGCGUUUCACAGACUCGCCAACGCACUAUGCACAUCCAUCCUCCUCAUCGGGUUAUGGCCAUUCCGCGCAACCUCUAUCAGGCACUUCAGGUCUGGGCACAAACUACACUUCCACUCAACCCACCCCCUCGCCCAGAAGGACUUCUUCCACUUCGGACCACCUGGCGGAUCUUUAUCAUAACUAUAGGGAAAACUUCCAGCCUUCACCUUCCCAAGAGCGCCAAGAUUUCUUCUACAGACCAGACUACUAUGACAGAACGGCCGAUUACGUAGUUAAGCAUCCCCCCUAUUAUGGUUACGACGAGUGUUCCUUCGAGUUUCGCGAACCGACGCCUGAUUACCGACCUCCAUUUACCCACAGACGCACGCCGUCUAAUUCUUCGACGUCAAAUUCUCACCCGGAGGAGUUCUCACCCAAAUUUCAGAAGUACCCCAAAGAACGCCCGGAAUACCGCCCCAAGGGGGAGUAUCCGAGGAAAAACGACUACUCUCUCCCUCGUGACUUCUAUAGGGAGCAGGAAAUCGAGAGGCCGGCUAACCUCGGCUUGGAAUUGGCGCCCACCAAGUUACGGUCUAGCCUCAAAAAGUAUAAGAAGUCGUCCGCGUCUGGAGGAAGUUCGGGGGGUGGUACCCCCACUAAUCCCACUCCGCCGGACAGCUUGACGAGCGAAACGGAUAGUUCUUACGUGUCUGCGAGAGAUGUAUCCAGCGGAUCGCAGUCUAGAGUUAGGUUCAGCCCUGAGACAAUGGAGGGCGGGGUGGAGAGACGAGGCUCCCGGCACUCGUAG